AUGGAAGAUGUAAUGAAGAGGAAUAAAAUGCCUGGCGCUGCAACCAAAUUGCCAGUCGUCCGGGAGAUGCGAGCUCGAGUUUGCCUGGGCUGCUCUGGUUGAGACGCUGCCAACGGAGCCUGCUCCUCUCUUGUCAUAUCCUUUGUGCGCAUUAGGAAAUAAAUAAAUAAAUAAAUAAAUAAAUAAAUAAAUAAAUAAAUAAAUAAAUAAAUAAAUAAAUAAAUGCCAACUCGAGCGUGUCAACUUUUCACGAAAAAGUCCAUUUUUAACUUAUCCAGGUAAUAUCCAGAGUGGCCUGCUGUCGGAUACGACUCGAUCGCUAGCUGACAUCAACGAAGCGCGACUCGUGCAAAGCGGCUGCCCGUCAUGGGACGAAAGAGGAAGCGUUCCAAGCGCCGGAGCAAGUCCGGUUCUCGCCGCACGAGACGCUCGAUGGCGUCCUCGGAGCCGUUGCCGGAUCUGCCGUCCCUAGAUACGCAGGCUCUGUCGUCCUCGAACCAGACGCGAGUGCCCUCGUCGCCGGACCAGCUACAGGAGGCGUCCGCCGCUGACGAAACGCAGGUGAAGUGGGCGCCCGAACCGGUGCAUGUGCCGUCGUCCCCGAAGCACAUGCAAGCCCUGUCAUCCGAGGAGCAGCCGAACAGAGGAAGCAAGUCUUCCAAGUCUUCCAAAGCUUCCAAGGCAUCCAGGGCAUCUCACGGCGUCUCCUGGGGUGAAGUGCGUGAAACCAACGUGCAGGCGGAAGGCGCAGACGUCUCACCGGAUCGCGGAACAUCACGUCCGUUCUGGGACAGCGCUGCGCCCGAAGAGACCGAUUCGGAGCAUCCCGCCAAAGAGAUCGACAAAGACGUGGAGCGUCGACUCGUGGCGAUGUUCAAGCGGCAGCUCAAGACAUUCCUGUUCCCGCCGAGGAAGCGACAGGGCUUCGUAUUCCCUCUAGACUACGACGACAAAAGCAUUCUCGACGGUCGGUCCAUUCGAGAGGAGCGCCACUUCCCGUGGAUGAUACACCCCAAGACCGCUUUCAGGAACGCGUGGGACUUGUGCAUGUUGGCGAUGAGCUUCGCCAGCGUUAUCCUCGUGCCUCUGAACAUGGCCUACUUUGAGACCGUGCAGGAGGAGCGACUCGAAUGGCGCAUCUUCAACAUCGCCUCCGACCUGCUCUUCUUUGCUGACGUUAUCUUCAACUUCAGAACAGGCGUUUCCAUGAAGGAAGACCACGGCCGCAUCAACAUGGAUCCGGAAUACGUCGCAGUACAGUACCGGCGGGGCUGGUUCUAUGUGGACUCGUUCUGCUGCCUGCCGCUGGACUACGCCGCCAUGGUUGUGCUGCACACGGGCGACGCGGCCGACGACCCGUCCACUACGUCAGCAUACCCCAGCAUCCUGCGUAUCAACAAGCUGCUGGCACUGCCCAAGAUCGGCCGGCUGACCACCAUAAUCAGGAACAUAGCCGACGUUGAGGAAAACUUCUUCGUGUACUCCAAGGGAGUGUACGUGCGCCUGCUGUUCCACUUGGGCCUGCUCUUCCUGCUCAUCCACUGGCACGGUUGCCUGCAGUACUACGUGGACCGCCUGGAGGGGUUCCCCACUAACUCCUGGGUUGCGCGACUCGAGCUCGUGAAUGCGUCGUGGCCGGUCCUCUACUCGUGGUCGGUGUACGGCUCGAGCUCCAUGAUGCUGGGCGUCGGCAUGGGCGCCAUCGAGGCCGACAUCACCACGGACUCGUGGCUGCGCUGCGGCUGCAUGGCGACGGGCCACGCCCUGCAGGCCCUGCUGGUCGGCGCGUGCAUCGACAUGAUCACCUCCAUGAACUUCACAGGCCUCAGGAACAGGCAAAAGAUACGCGAUCUAGACGACUACAUGCAGUACAAGAUGCUGCCAUUCACUCUGCGGCGCCGUAUUCGAGACUACGCCGAGAACCGCUUCAAGGGACGCGUCUUCGACGAAAGCCAGAUCAUCCAGUCGCUGUCGGACCCCCUGCGCGAGCGCGUGAUGUGGCACAACUGCCGGCGGGUCCUGCGCAACGUGCCGUUCUUCGCGCGGGCCGAGCCGGACUUCCUGCGCGACCUGGUGGCGCGCAUGAAGAUCGAGUUCUUCAUCCCCAACGAAGUGGUGGCCGCCGCGGGGACCAUGGGCGACCGGCUCUACCUGCUGCAGUCCGGCAGCGCGCACGUCGUCGACGCGGCGGGCAUCACCGUGGCCGCGGUCAUGCCCGGGGACCGGUUCGGCGAGGUGUGCCUCCUGCACGACACGCUGCGGCUGCGGACGGUGAUCGCCGAUCGCUACUGCCACUUCUUCUCGUUGACGCGCGCCGACUUCAACGAGGUGCUGGCGCGCCACCCGGACGUGCGUGACAUCGUGGACGAGAUCCUGACCGAGCGCAGUGUGCGGCGCAGCCCGCAGGCGUCGCCCGAGUGCACAGAAGACAUCGCGGGCGUGUAGGUGGCGCCACGCGCCGCUGCGUUGCGGGGACUCUUCGAGAGCCCGACGACCCGAAGUCGAUCGACUUCCAUGAAUCUUUUUUAUUAUGCAUUUAUCUUUAUUUAUUUACCGUCAAGGCCAAAGACAUUACAGAGGGGAGUGGGAAAAAAGAUACGAUCAUAAAGAGAACUGCAAGAAACGGGCAUGUACUUGAGCAAUGGUGGUUAGUACCUCGCGGGAACGUUGGUUAUCAAUUAUCGAUGCGAUGUCAGCAGGAAGGUGGUUCCACUCGAUUGCUGUGCGUGGCAGGAAAAAAGGAUAGAUUCAGAAAAUGUUUUCGUUUUGCAAAAUGGAAUACGUGUACCUUAUGGCGAUGAUCAAUGCGAUGGGACGCAUACUGCGGUGAUAGAAUAAAUUUGUCGUGAGAAACGGUAUGGUAGCUUUCGACGCGCUGCUAGAGACGGAGUGAGAGAAAGGCUGACUUUCAUUGCUGUUAUGCGAGCAGUGCGAUUGUAGGUAGAGGCAAUGAAGCGAGCCGAAUUAUCUUGAACAAGUUCCAAGGCAGUGAUUAAAAAUUAUGAAUAGAAGGGGUCCAAGGACGGACCCUUGUGGAACGCCGGAAUGUACGUUAGUAAAGGAUGAGUUAUAACCAUUAGCACUAACAAAUUGUAGUCGGUGAAGAAGGAAGGAUUCAGUGCACUUUAAAAGGUUGGGGUCAAGGUUAAGAAAACUUAGCUUGUGAAGCAGCAUCUGGUGACAGGUGACACACUUUGUCGAAUGCUUUCGAGAAGUCCAAUAAUAUGCAGUCGGCGCAGGAUGAUUCAUCAAGAAUGUGGUGCAGUUUGAGUGAAUGACAAGAGUUCAGUUUCACACGAGUAUGUUUUACGAAAUCCAUGUUGUGCAGACGUCCAAAAUGCAUUAUGUUCAAGAAAAAUAUUUAAUGAUUUAUAUGCUAGCAUUGCUAAUGAGAUCUGAUAUAACAUCAGCCAAAGUAGGAAAAUGUAACCGUUCUCUGCAAUGGGCGUACGAAAAAGCACCGUGUACUUGUCUAGUGUACAUUAUGUCACAUUCCAUUCGCACAGAGUGGUUAACUGGGCUGGUUGGUUUACUUGCAUUUGUAGCUGUACAAGCGCACAAAGACGAGAACGAAGAGAACGAAGCGCCUCGUCUUGUCCACUGUCUUCGUUCUCGUCUUUGUGCAAUUUUACAGUUUCAAGAUACAUUCUAUUCGACUGUACUAACGCGGGAUAUAUGUGAUUCACAAAGAACAAUGUGUUCCGUGCUUCAUGUACUAGUUUUGUUAAUUAUUUAUGCGUAUACUAUUGCUUCGAGAUAAAAAAAAAUUCCGGAAGAGCCUUAGCAGUGUUUCAAACCUAGAAAACGACAAUUUCUUGCCUGCAUUUCCAUAUACGGUUGACGUACCGUCUUCAACCAUGCAUUCCUGCGGCCAGCUGUUUAUACCGUCAGAAUGCACGAAUAAAAACACUU